CGAAAACAGGAGGAAAUCGGGGGAUUGUGCACUGGCUCCAUCGAGCCAAAAUAAUAUCUUUACCACUAUCAAUUCAUGGGGGAAAGGGAAAAUUAUCUAAAGAGGACAAACUUACUCUUUGACUACUUUAAAACCAGUUGAAUUAAUGCUAUGUCUACUACAGAAAUGUGUUCAGUAUCUGUUAUCGGACGCAACUUCUCAACCAGCCGAUAUUGCUGAUACAGAAUUUCAAACUGGAAUUUAACUAGAUGUGGUCUCCAGAUGGCUGUUGUACCCCGUGGAGUCAUUAUUGGAAUGUUUUUCUAUCUAACAUUCGCGAUUGCUGGGACAAUAUGGAUAUCGAUGAAAUACUUAAAUGAAAAUGGCUGUGAUUGUCGUCAAUAUUUCGAGAGCGCAAGGUUUUCUGCACAUGAACACGACUUUCCACACUCAGACGACAAUUUUAAAAUAGUUGCAGAGAAACAAAAAAGAGCAAACGGAGAUUCCGUCCAAACUCCUGCAAAGGAAAGUAUCAUUAGAGAAGAGAGACUUCCUGAAAAGGAUUGGGGACCACAUCAACUUGGACUGGUUGUUCCUUACAGGGACAGAUUUGAGGAGCUGCUUGAAUUUGUUCCCCAUAUGCACAAAUAUUUAAAUGACAAGAAAGUCAGACACAAAAUAUUUAUUGUUAACCAAGUUGAUAAGCAUAGAUUCAAUAGAGCUUCCCUUUUAAAUGCUGGAUUCUUGGAGGCAAGAGGAAAUCAUUGUGACUAUAUAGCUAUGCAUGAUGUGGAUCUCCUUCCUCUUAACAAGGACUUAUAUUAUGGAUUUCCUGACAGAGGACCUUUUCAUGUAUCAGCACCCUUCCUACAUCCAAAAUAUCACUAUCCAACAUUUGUAGGUGGAAUUUUAAUUAUGUCAAUUGCACAGUUUGAAAAGGUUAAUGGGCUCUCCAACAAAUUUUGGGGCUGGGGUCGAGAAGAUGAUGAGCUGUACCAGAGAAUGAAAGAAGCUGGCUUAACUAUUUAUCGACAUAGUAAAAAAAAGAUAACCACCGGUUAUGACACCUUCAAGCAUGACCAUGACUCCAAGAAAAGAAAAAGAGAUUAUGCAAGAUUUUUUAAUCAGAAAAAGGAGUCAUUCAAGAGAGACAGGGAAACGGGACUAACCACAUUGAAUUACAGAGUUGAAAAACGGACUAAUCUUAACAUCAAUGGAGCGCCCUGUACGAUCUUAAACGUUCACUUGAAUUGCGAUUUAGAGCAGACACCCUGGUGUGACAAUCCUGAUUCAUGACAAGUAUUCUUCAGAAACAGGGUGGCAAGGUUAUCUUUGGUACACCAGAAAACUGUUUUGUCAUGACAACGGUUCAAAUACCACCAGGAUUGUCUUGUUUGGUAUAGAAAAUGUUCUCCAAAAAAAAAGGAAACCAGAUGUGGUUCGUAAAGAUGUUCAGUGGUCUACUAAAAAACCUCAUAUGUUAAAAAAAAUGGAACACAAAGUGAAACAAACAAAACAGGCUUGCCCUGGUCUACGAAUUGAUUGAACCCGAACUGUGAAUCAAAAGUUUCCUUGUAUAAGAAAAGUUGUACGUCAACAGUUAAAAUUCCAUGUAAGGAAUGUUUGUUUCCCAAGUGUGUUGUUGUUGUUUGUUUAUUUGUUAGUUUGUUUUGUAUAUUCUAUAUUUAUGAUGAGAGUUUACUAACAACGUUACAACCAACCGCACGCAAAAGAAGAAAGGGAAAGAAGGAAAAAGAGCAUUUUUUUUUUUUUCAACUAGAGGAUAAAUUGCGACGUACAUGUACUCCUCGUUCUACUCUCGUAAAACAUUAUUAAGAGUAUGCUCUGUAAUGAUGUUCGAAAUUAACAUAUUAAAUACAA